AUGUCCGAGACUACUAGCACGACACUGUCUUCAAGCACGACCGUCUCAUCCACAUCUGGAACUUCGUCGACGCCAACGACAUGGACAAGCAUGUCGGACACAUCCACCAGGACCGAGACUUCCACCACCACCGCGUCAACCCUCACAGAGACUGUGAGUUCGAUCACGACACGGUCAUCGUCAACACAGAGUUCUAGCACGACGUUGACAACUACGUCGGACACCUCUUCCACGACAGAGUCAUCGACAACGGGAACCUCCUUUAUGAUAUUGAGUUCGACAUCUGAGACUUCUAGCACGACGAUGUCCUCGGGCACGACGCUGACAACUUCGUCAGACAGCUCUACCACGACACUGACAUCGACAACGGAGACCUCCCUCACAUCGACCGUGUCUUCAAGCACGACCGUCUCAUCCACAUCUGGAACUUCGUCGACGCCAACGACAUGGACAAGCAUGUCGGACACAUCCACCAGGACCGAGACCUCCACCACCACCGCGUCAACCCUCACAGAGAGUCUCAGCUCGCGAGCGAGUACGGCAUCCGAGUCAUCCAGCACAACAGGUUCAACGGACACAGGUACGCCCAAUACGACUUCGAUCACAGUGACAGGGACCAUCACAGCGAGUGAGAGCACGACAUCCCCCGCGGUGGAGACGACGGGUGCUGCGACCACGGCGCCAGCCGAAGACAGCACAUCCCAGGCGGGGACAUCUGGCACCCAGGAGGCCACCACUCUGGUGUCGGAGACGACAGGUGGCGUUAUCUCUGACGCUCUCGCGGAUCCGCCGGGCCCUUCCAGAAGGCCGAGGAGAACACAGCCACACAGAUCGGCCGCUCGUACGAGUGACCUCUCGCUGGAGUGA